CCCAAUGACUCUUCCACUCCAGCAGUGCUGCCAAAUCAGUUGUUUCUAGUCAUUUCGGGCUGCUAAAAUCAUUUCGAAACAAGAAGCGGGAGUUUCAGAGUAGGCCUUUAUUUCUUUACAUAGUUUUGUUCAUUUUUAUAAUUAAUUUACCUUUUAUAUAAUGAGACUACUGCUUUUAGUUUUAAAAUUUUUCUAAUUACAAUAAUUAUAUGACAAUCAUUUUUAGCUUUAUUUUGUUAACAUCUGUUAUUGCUCAUUAAAAGUUGGCAACACUGCUCUCCAGCAAGUAAAAAUUGCAAAUUGCUCAUUCACUCUCUCUCUCUCUCUCUCUCAAUUUUGCGCGUGCCUUGCAUAAACGAUAAACCCAAUAAACAUUUUUCCCAGACAAUUUAAGUUUUCCAAACGCCAAAAACAAAUAAAAAAACGUCACAUUUAAUUAAAAAUAAAACAUUUCAACCGUUUUUAUUAAACUUUCAAUAACACUUUCUCGUUCUUAAGAUUUCAAAAAAUACAAUUGUGAUUGUGAGGGCUGAUAAGCAACACAAAACAGAACACAAAAAAGGAAGAAAGAGAGAGAUUAAAACUCAAGAGAGGCAGCUUAGGUCGAAGUUUGUAUACUCUAUUUAUGCCCUAUAAGCAAUAAUGUUUUUUUUUACGGAUGGUUAUUAUAAUAACAGACAAAUAUUCCUCCCAAAAUUGAAUAAAACAAACAUAUAUAUGAAUCAAAAUUUGAAAAUAAUUAUUUAGCAUUGGCUUCAAAAUUUAACACUCAUACGUACUGUUGCCUUUGAUCAAAUGACUGGCAUACAUGACGUAUGAGUAAUUUCUAAGAACAUUAUUUUUAUGAAUGGUAAAAUUGAAAUCUAAAAAUUAUUGCAACCAGUACAGCGUAUUUCAAAGCAAGAUAAAAGUAUUAAUUUAAUAAAUCAGGAAAUCUGAUAAGAAAAGUUUCGAUUAAGAAACUUGAUCAAUAAACAUUUCACGUCAUUUCAUCAGUCAACAAAAAGCCAUAGUAAAACCAUGUUGUCUUUCGGAAUAUUCUUUUCAUUGUUAUUUUUAAAUACUUUAGCCAACCAAAAUGGCAAAGAAGUUUGUACUCUUUUAACCAUUUGUGAUAAUCUUGUAGCUUUGAAAUAUGAAGUUGCUGCUAUACGUGAGGAGCAAAAACGCCAGGCGGUUAUUUUAGAGGGUUUAGACAAAAAAUUCGACCUUUGUGUGCCCAAUUCAUAUCCGGCAAGCUGUGCAGAGACAUCCAAAAAUAAGCUUGUGAUACGCGUCCCAGAGUACAGUGAAAACCCCUUUGAGGUGACCUGCGAUCAGGAGAGUCACGGUGGAGGCUGGACUGUAGUUAUGCGGCGAAACGAUGGUAGUCAGGACUUUUUUCUCGAGUGGAAGGACUACAAAGAAGGAUUUGGCCAGUUGAACAAUGAGUUCUUCAUGAGAAUGGACAAACUGCAUGCGAUGACUGCAUCGGAACCGCAGGAACUUUUAGUUCUCUUGGAAGAUUAUAAAGACGACAAUCGCUAUCAGCUGUACGAAAACUUUAAAAUCGGACCCGAGUCUAACAACUAUACGCUAGAAUCGCUGGGAUCAUCGAACGGAGACGCUGGGGAUUCACUUAUAUAUCAUCUGGGCAUGCAAUUUAGCACUAAGGAUCGUAAGAACGAUAUCGAUCCGACAGCGCACUGUGCUGAAUUGUUUACUGGCGCCUGGUGGUAUCGAGCUUGUCAUAAAAGUCACUUGUUUGGCAUGUUUGGCGACAACUGGUCUGGUCGAGGCAUAGUUUGGGAUACAUUUGGAUACAAUACAUCCUACCUUCCCUACAAUCUGAAACGGGCCGCAAUGAUGAUAAGGCCAAAAAGGAUUUCUUCCAAUCGAUCAUAAGCACUGACUUUAAAUAAAUAUGAAAUAAAGUUUAAAGUUAAUUACCCAACUGUAACUCUAUAACUCCACCAAUAAAAACGGUUUUCGA